AUGGAAUAUAAAGGCGGAAAAAAGAGGAAAAAGCGCGACACUCUCAGCUAAAAGUAAAAAGCAAUUUAUUAUUUUAUUGUGAAGAAAUACAAAACAUUGAAAUUCUAGAGUGUGUCCGGCCGCUCGACGUCCUCGACUGCCAGAGACCGAACGCUGAGAGGCAAUGAAAAGAAGCAGUCAUGAGAAGAUGAAAAGAUAGAUGGGCGGAGGAGAGAUGAGGUCUCCCAAAGAGACCACUGGGAGGUGCGGUGAUGAGAUGUAAGCAGGGCAGUGGAGUUUAAAGACUUGAAAGUGGAGGAGAGGCGGAGGCAGGGAGGAAACUCCCUCCUGGUUAUGAACAAAUGUUCAGGCUUCGUACGUUCAGAGCGGAGCCGAAGACUGAAGGAGAAACCUAUCAUCUCGUCCAAGGAUUUACAAUUGGGAAACAAUUUCCGUUUUUUUUUUUUUGUAACAUUGGAUUAAGAAAGACAUCUGGAACCCCAAAGAUGUGUGGGUGUGGAGCUGGUUGAAUGGAUGAAUAAGAGCUCAAAGAUGAUGGGAUAAAAGCUUCCAGCAGUUGACGGUUCCUGUGAGGUUUCUGGUUGACUCGCCGCAGGCAGAGAAGACGACAGCAGGGUUAAGUGCAGGGAUGACAUCAGACGCCUCCUGCAGCCUCCCCUGCUUUUGCAGCAAGAUGAAGAGCAGCGGCGGCAGAGUCUCCCAGCAGCGGACGCGAUCCACCUCCACCUCCACCUUCCACCCCAGGACCCUGCUCCUCCUGCCCCUGCUGCUCCUGCUCUCCUUCUCCCUGUGGAGCCACCAGGCCGAGGCCGUCGUCCACUCCAGCUUCCGGCGGCUCAGCGGGCGCGAGAAGAAGGAGAUGCAGAAGGAGAUCCUGACGAUCCUGGGCCUGCCGGGGCGACCCAGACCCCACCCGCCCCUGCGGCCGCCCUCCUCCGCGCCGCUCUUCAUGCUGGACCUGUACCACGCCAUGUCGGUGGACGGCGAGGACGAAGGGAAUGAGAUAAUCGUCAACGGAGCAGCCAUGCCGAGGUUCGGGGGCGCGGUGCAGGGGGGCCACGCGGCCCUGCCGACCCUCAGCACACACACGCCUCCGCUGGGGACGGUGGUCAGCGAGGCCGACACCGUGAUGGGCUUCGUCAACCUGGUGGAGCAGGAGCGCGACCUCCUGCAGCCCCGUCCCUACUGGAAGGAGUUUCGUUUCGACCUCACCCCCCUCCCUCAGGGGGAGACGGUGACGGCGGCCGAGUUUCGCAUCUACAAGACGCUGACGUUGGGCCAGAGGGCGAACAGGACGUUACACAUCUCUGUCUACGAGAUCCAGCGAGACAACAGACACAGAGAGCCGGAGCUGGUGCUGCUGGACAUGCAGUCAGUGCCUGCAGGGCAGGAGGGCUGGUUGGCCUUCGACGUCACCACCGCAGCCAACCACUGGCUCCUCCACCCUCGCAGCAACCUGGGCAUCCGCCUCUACGUGGAGACGGAGGAGGACCGCUCCUUGUCUGCAGGCUGGAUCGGGCUGGUGGGGCGCAGAGGCCCCCGCUCCAAACAGCCCUUCAUGGUGACUUUCUUCAGGGAGAGUCAGGUCCCGUGUCGGCCGCCGCGAGCUGUCAAGCCUCAUCCACGCAAGAGGAAACCCAAAUACGACCUCCCGGUCCCCAGCAUCCACAGUCGGGCUGCAGCCAACAGCGGUGGUCAGCCGUGUAAGAAACACGAGCUCUACGUCAGCUUCAACGAUCUGGGAUGGAAGGACUGGGUCCUGGCUCCCACCGGAUACUCUGCGUAUUACUGCGACGGAGAGUGUUUCUAUCCUCUGGGCUCGUGCAUGAACGCCACCAACCACGCCCUCAUCCAGCAAGUGGUCCAUCUCCUGAAGCCUGACGAGGUUCCUAAAGCCUGCUGCGCCCCCACCAAGCUGAGCCCCAUCUCCGUCCUGUUCUACGACGACAACAACAACGUGAUCCUGAAAAAGCACCGGAACAUGGUGGUGAAGACGUGCGGCUGCCUAUGAGGCGACAAGCGUACGUGGACGGUGGUUUUAUUUAUUCCAGACGUGAACCCUGAACCCCAGAUCUGACGUAAGCAGCUCUGUCGUGCGUUUGAGGGCUGACUUAGGAUCCACAUCUGGACUGGAGACCAGUUUUUAAAGUUCACUGGCUCCAAAUUAACUCUUUAAUUCAGAUGCUUUAUUUUUAGAUUGAAGUAUUUUCUAGGACUCCAACAGCUGAGUGUUAAAUCUAACUAAUAACUAACGUAAAUGCACAGACGUGUGUGCAUCAGUUGGUGGUUACAGAUAUUUUUUACAGGACUUAUUUACUUGAAUCUAAUAAAAGCUCAAAUAUAUUUAUCCAACACGUCCGUCGAGGUGAAGGCAGAUGAUGUUAGAUGGAAGUGGAUCCAUCAGUGAUGCCUGAUUAGUUUUUAAUUAACCGACGAACACGAAACCAAAUCUAUAUGAAGAGAUGAUUGAGCUGUAUUCGUUUAUUAAAGAGCUGAUAUUAUCUAUAGUUUGAGACAGACUGUAAAUAAAACACAUGUCAUUUCAACACGUUUGCAUCAAGUAAAUUUAAUAAUUGGCUGAUUAUUGAUUUUAUAUCGA